GUUUUUAGCUCCAGUGUCCAUCGUUAUCUGUAAUGAUAUAAUGGCUUAUAUGUUCGGGUUUUUCUUUGGCAGGACACCAUUAAUAAAGUUGUCACCCAAAAAGACUUGGGAAGGUUUUAUUGGUGGAUUCUUCCUGACCAUAGUAUUUGGAUUCCUUUUUUCCUACGUCUUAGUACAGUUCGAGUACUUUGUAUGCCCUGUGGCAUAUAACAGUGAAUCCAACAGCUUCUCUACCGGCUGUGAACCAUCUGAGAUCUUCAGGCUGCAUGACUAUGCUGUACCCCCCUUUCUACAGUCAUUACUGGGAUGGAAAACGGUGCAGUUGUAUCCAUUCCAGAUUCAUAGCAUUGCUCUCUCCACAUUCGGAUCAUUGAUUGGGCCAUUUGGAGGAUUCUUCGCCAGUGGCUUUAAAAGAGCUUUCAAAAUUAAGGAUUUUUCUGACACCAUUCCCGGACAUGGCGGAAUUAUGGAUCGCUUUGACUGUCAGUAUCUGAUGGCAACCUUUGUCCAUGUUUACAUUGCCAGCUUUAUAAGAGGUCCUAACCCCAGCAAAGUCUUGCAGCAACUUCUUGUGCUACAACCUGAACAGCAGCUGAGCAUCUUCAAAGUGUUUAAGGCACAUUUAAUUGAGAAAGGAGUCAUCCCAGCAUCCAUCUCUGACCUGUAAGCUAAAUCUGUGUCAGACACCAACAUGAAAAGGCACCAGACUUAUUGCACUGACUGAAGAGCUUUCAACCAAAGACUCCACCUGUGCUGUCCCUGGAUCUUCUCCGACUCUUCAUCAAAGGCACAAAGCUGCCUUAUUUUCCAUAUAUAUGGACAAAGGUGGGGGAAAUUGGACAGAUCUGAUCAUUGAAAUGAGAUCUUCCCAGAAGACCAAUGUAUAGGUACUUAUCAGCCCAGUAGGUUUUAAUCCUUUGUAUGUAUACUACAAAACGGGAUCAGUCAGCACUUGUGUAUUGGGUAGGCCUACGUUUAUUACUACAUAAACUUUGUGCAGU